ACUUCGCACAUCGCGCCAAUGCUUUAGUCCAGCUUACUCGUAAAGGUGUACCGUUUGAAUGGGGUCCGGAGCAAAGUCUAGCACAGGAGGACCUUAAGCAGGCCGUCCUAGACUCGCUGGCGUUGCGUCCCAUUGAUUACACGUCGGAGUCCCCAGUCAUCCUUGCUGUGGAUACCUCCUAUCUCGCUGUAGGGUAUUACCUCUGCCAACAGGACAGUGAAAAUUCCAAGCGUCGAUUUUAUAGUCGAUUUGGCUCCAUC